AUGGCUCAUACAUAUAGAAAUAACAUACAAGAAGUAUGGCCUCCCACAGAAUCAACAAAUAUUAAUGGACAGAAUCCUUCCGCAAUAGAACAACCAUGCAAAUACAUACUUUCGAAAAAUAAACUAGGGGACGGGACGUUUUCUGGAGUUUUUGAAUGCAAGAAUAAGUUGACUGGUCAACAUUAUGCUGCCAAGAUGUAUAAGAAAAAUUUGGUAUAUGGGUUGGAAAGUAUGCUACAGAAUGAAUUUCUUGUGUUGAAAAGGAUCUCCAGGAGCCAUGACAACAUUCUCAAACUUAUAGACCAUUUUGAAACCGCGAGCGAGUUGUAUUUGGUGACAGAAAUAGCAUAUGGAGGUGAAUUAUUUGAUAGAAUUACCAAGUCAGGCCACUUGGAAGAGAUGCAAGCUUCAGUAAUCAUGCAAUCGUUGAUGAGUGCUGUUUCUUACUUGCACGCAAACAAUAUAGUUCAUAAUGAUUUGAAGGCUGAAAACAUCCUUUUCCGGUCUCGAAAAAGUGAUAAUAUGAAUAUACUAGUAGCUGAUUUUGGGUUAGCUCGAAUACUCCGCCCAGAUGAAAAGUUGAAAGGAGUUCGCGGCACACUAAGCUAUAUUGCACCAGAAGUAUUAAAUGGUUCAGGUUAUGAUUUUGGCGUUGAUAUCUGGUCUGCUGGGGUCAUUGUUUACUUUAUGCUAUGUGGUUAUAUGCCGUUUGAUUGUGAAACCGACGACGAAACCAGGUGCGCUAUACUUUCUGGAGACUACAUGUAUGAACCACCUGAGUAUUGGCUGCAUGUGUCAGCCGAGGCGAAAGACUUCAUAGAUUGUUGUCUCAAGACUGAUCCGAAUGAAAGAAUUACAUCUGAAUCGGCUUUGAACCAUCCAUUCUUGAAUCCACAACCAAGAAGCUUGAACCCUGUUGUUAGAGUUUCCAGUUCUUCAGAUAUUCACGAAAAUUUAAAGGCUGCGGUCAUGCAACUACACCUCCCUAUCCAGGCCACUAAUAGAGGAAAUUUUUCUGCUCAAACAUCCACGGACAUUAGUCAUACUAUUUCUACUGUUUCCUCCAAGUUAUCUCUUCUAGGGAGCUCAAGAAGCAAUAUGUUGUUAGAUUCAACCUUAGAUGGUGCAUGCUGCGACUCACCAGAUAUCGUGUCAAGAUUCACAACCCCAGUCAUUUCAAACGUAGUUUCAAGACUGCAUUCUCCCACCAAUAUAUUAGAAUAUAUAGAUAGUCCACUAGGUGACGUACACUCUCCUAAGUUCCAUAUUUAG